ACCACUCCAAGCCCUCUGCCCCCCAACCAGUCCAAGGUCCAGCCCUCCCCUUGCCGUCGUCUGGAGCUCGGCAUGUCUCGCGCUCGUCUUCUCGCGGCGCGGGCCUCGCCCGUCGCCGUCGCCGUCGCCCAGGCCGCCAAGGUCGCCGCCGCCUGCGCCACCGUCGGCGUCGUUGCGGAAACGGUGACCGCCAUCGCUGGCAACGUCACCGAGGCCGCGCAGAAGGUGCGGCGUGCUGCCGAGUCCGUGGGCACGGCUCUGCUCGAGACCGAGCAGGCCCUCCGUGCCGUCGUCGCUGUUCUGGUUCUUGUGGUGAUCGUCUGCACAGAUAUCUACCUGUGGGUCGCGUGGGUCGCGUCCAGGCUCGCCGACCGCGUGGUCUCCCUCUCCUCGCCGACCGCCCACUCCAUCCCGGCCACACGGCCAUUCGGGAGCUGGCGGUCCUAGCCGAGAACCAGGGCCACCGCGUCCAACAUGCGCAGGCGAUGCGCCGCACGAACAGCGUCGGGAGCACGGAACACCGGGGUCGCUGAACCCCGUCCCUCCCCCAACAGCCCUCGUCGCCCCCUCCCCCGGCCAGAAUGUGUAGAUGACUAGGACAGAUUGAAGGUUACAAGUGAAGACGUUUCCCAAACGGAAGCUGAUGUCUGUGGUUUGUUGGAAUUUCCUUAUGCAUUGUUGAUUGGGUGAUUUGAGACAUGGUCGUUUGGAUCUGAUUCUCAUGCUAAGCUUUGAGACAUGACGUUUGCAUCCAAUGCCUUACAAUAUGGUUUCAUGGCUCCUGUUUUGCAUCA